AGUUGUAAUUCCUAGUUGUAAAUAUAUACGAAACGCAUACGAAAUAAAUCGUCGAAUCGUUCUAGCUAUGCGAUUAAUAGGAGUUGGACUAAAUGGAAUUAUAAAGUUUUGUGCUUUCAUGGAAUUACCACGUCCAGUAUUCCAAUCUUUUUACGAUAAAUUAGUGAAUAUGAUUUCAAUCGCAACAUCAGCAGUAAAAGAUUCCAGUUUGAAAAAAGGAGCACAAAAAGAGAAGAAAUGACUGAAGAACAUGGACAAUCUGCAGGAAUAACGGUUUCCGGUGAUGGUUCUUGGAGAAAACGCGGAUUUUCUUCGCUUUUUGGGAUCAUGUCAUUGAUUGGUUGGUUUUCUGGGCAAAUUGUCGAUGUUGAGGUAAAAUCUAAAUAUUGUAAAAGUUGCGAACAGUGGAAGAAAAAAUUGGACACUUGUAACUAUGACGAAUGGUAUAAAACGCACGCCGAUGUAUGUAAAGCGAACCACGAAGGAUCAUCGGGAAAAAUGGAAGUUGACGCAGUCAUCGAGAUGUUCCAUCGCUCAAAAGAUUUGCACGAUCUCAAAUAUUCAAGCUACAUCGGGGAUGGUGAUAGCAAAACAUUUAAAGGUAUUAUCGACUCUGAACCGUAUGAAGAUUUAGUAGUACAGAAGAAAGAAUGCAUCUCGCACGUACAGAAAAGAAUGGGAACGCGACUUCGUAAUCUUAAAAAAUCAUCGAAAAACCUCGGAGGAAAAGGAAAAUUAAGUGCCAAAUUAAUAGACGAGCUGACUAUUUAUUAUGGUUUGGCCAUUCGUCGGAACCCAACAUCCUUAGAUGACAUGAAAAAUGAAAUUUGGGCGACCUUAUUUCAUAAGUUAUCAACUGACGAAAAUCCGCAACACGAGAAGUGCUCGAAAUCUUGGUGCAAUUGGAAGAAGGCGCAAGAAGCAGGUACCUUGGACACUUUCCGUCACAAGUCACCGCUUUCCGAGGAAGUUUACGAAGCCAUAAAACCUAUUUAUGAAGAUUUGAGUCGGGACGAGUUACUAAACCGUUGCCUGGGCGGUUACACGCAGAAUAGUAACGAAAGUUUCAAUGCGACAGUGUGGAAUUUGGCUCCUAAAUCGUAUUCAAGCGGCAAGACAGUCCUAAAUAUAGCAGCGGAUAUCGCUACAUGCGUCUUUAAUGAUGGAAUAACUAAUAUUUUACGUAUUGUGCAGCUUCUGGAAAUGGAAAUUGGCGUCGAAGCAUAUAAUUUUUGCAUCGAAUCCGAUGCAAAACGAAUCAAGCACGCAGAGGCGCAAUUAUCAGAUGCGGCAAAAAAAGCGCGCUCUGGCAUAACAUCUGCGAGGAAAGAAAUGGAGGACGAAUAUUCCAACUUAGAAGGGCAGCUUUACGGUGCUGGGAUUGCAGACUAA